GGGUGAGGUGGGGGGAAGACACAGAGAGUAAGAGAGCUUGAGGAGGAGGCAGCUGGCCCGCAGAGAAGCCGCUCGUCCUGUUGGGUCAUUGGAAGGAAGUUUGUCUGGGCUCCGGCCCAAGGAGCAGAGCGAGAGAAGGACGGAGCGUGGCGGACAACAUGCUUCCUGUGUGUUAAACGGCGCUCGGGAAAGCAAAGACGGCGCGCCAGGGAUGCUCGCCGCCGCGGGCCCUUGAAGGGUGGGCACCUCGCCCCGCCUUGUCGUUUCCCCCACCCCUCCUUCUCCUCCUCCUCCUCCGAAAAGCAGCAAGUUUUAGCGGCGAGCUCCUUGGAUUUCGAGGGCGGCGUAGCGUCCCCAGCCAUCGAAGGAUCGCCGCCCUUGCUUCGGAUGAGAAUCCCCCUACCCCGGCUGCCUCUUUUCGGGCUCUAGGGCCUAGUCCCAUGAGGGCGAAGCGUCAGCCUCUCGCUGUUCGUUUUCCCAGGCUCAGCUGGGACUAGGCUGAGCGAGACUCCCGACGGGAGGAGAAUGAAAGAAGAAGACCUUCCUGGAGAAGACGACGAAAUGCCUUCCUUCAGAUACAGACCAAGAACAAGCCGGAUGAGGACCAACUGCAGCCGGUGUGAGAAAAACCUAACGCUGCAGACAUCUGUGAAAGUGUUGUAUGUCUUUGUUGUCUUGCUGGUAAUGGCAGUGGUGGUGCUGGCAGCUUUAGUUUUCAAGAAAGUAGGAUCAAUAGCUGAUAAAUUUAACUCAACUCAGACAUACUAUGAAAAGACGAUUGUGUCAGUCCAAGAAAAUCUUCAGGAACUAGAUCAGAAAUCAAUGGACAACUGCUCCUUGUGUCAUGACACAGGGCAACUUGGACAGGAAAUUAGCAAAUUGCAAAAGGAACUAGAGGAGAUUCAGAAGAAGCUCUUGGCCCAGGAUGUAUUACUGGAUCGAGCAGGACAAGCCCACCAGCAGCUUUCAUCUUCCAGCAGCAAGAUCACUGAUGAUGUGGAUAGAUGUUUCUUUGCUGUUCAGCAGGUCAAUCAGAGUUUGAGCCUCUUUCUGGCCCAAGUGAUGGGCUGGCAGGCUGCCACUUCUCAGCUAGGCAACUCACUCAAGGAGCUAACACAAGAACACUUUGAUGUUGAAACUGCUUUGCUGCAGAUAAACUUUACCAAUAGGCAGACCUCAGACUGGGUCCAGAUCAUCCAAAGAAAGACAAAUGAGGAGACCCUGACACUACAGAAGAUUGUGACUGAGUGGCAGAACUACACCCGGCUGUUUGGCAGCGUGAAGGCCACCUCUUCCAAAACAGCUGAUCUGGUCAAGAAUAUUCAGACUAAUUUAGCUAUUGCCUCGCAAAGGAUCAGCCAGAAUUCAGAGAGUAUGCAUGACCUCAUACUCCAAGUAACAAGUUUACAGUUGCAGCUGGACAACAUCUCCUCUUUCUUGGAUGACCAUGAGGAGAACAUGCAUGACUUUCAAUACCAUACCCAAUACAUGCAAAAUCGGACAGCUGAGCAUUUUCAGACCUUAGAAGGCCGUAUGACAUCCCAUGAGAUUGAGAUCAGCACAAUCUUUACCAACAUCAAUGCCACGGAUAGCCAUGUCCACAGCAUGCUCAAGUACCUGGAUGAUGUGCGACUCUCUUGCACCCUGGGCUUCCACACACAUGCUGAAGAACUUUACUACCUGAACAGAUCUGUCAGCCUCAUGAUAACCCUCACAGAUGUUCUGCGGGAACGUUUUAGCCUGCUCAAUGCCCAGUUAAACUUCAACAUUCGCAACCUUUCCAUGGUCAUGGAAGAGAUGAAAGCUGUUGACAUCCGACAUGGGGAGAUCCUGAAGAAUGUCACCAUCAUACAAGGUGUUCCUGGCCCUCCUGGCCCCAGAGGAUUCAAAGGAGAGCUUGGCAUUAAAGGGCCACCUGGAAGCAGAGGAGUAAAGGGUGACAUGGGGAGCCUGGGCCCUCCUGGGCCACAAGGAUCCUUGGGCCCUCCCGGACCUUCUGGACCUCAAGGCGAGAGAGGUGCUGUGGGCCCAAAAGGCCCCACUGGAUUCAAAGGAAGCAAAGGUAGUUUUGGACAAGGGGGUUCCAAGGGGCGGGCGGGCCCCAAAGGGGACCCUGGAUCUCCAGGUCCUGAGGGGGCCAUUGGUCCACCAGGCCCACCUGGCGCACCUGGGAAACCGGGCUUCCCAGGGAAACCCGGAGUCCCUGGUCCUUUAGGGCCGAUGGGCCGAAAAGGGGAUCCUGGAUUACGAGGUCCACGUGGAGUUCCAGGGCCCCCAGGACCUCCAGGAAUGUAAAUUCUCCCUUUUUUUUAUCCCCCCCAAAAAAAGUUUUAAUGUGGACAAUUAAAAAAAAAGCUCUUCACUGCAGACACUUGUCUCCUCCAGGAAGGCAUCAAGAUAAUGGGAAAUGGAUGGUGUCUUUUUUUCUGCACUGUCUAAUUCCAUUUCCAGCAGCUUAGGGGGGUAGGCUUGAAAAAUCGCUCCAAGUCACCGAAUUUCCUUAAUUUUGGGAACUUCAAAGGUAAAGAAUUGCAGCUGCAAAGUAAGUAGGAGGAGCAAUCACUGGUAAUUAGAAUACAUGGUUUGCAUGUAAAUGGUCCUAAAUUCAGUCUCUAACAUCCCCGUAGAGGGCUGAAGCUCUGGAGAGAUAGUACCACUUAACAUAGCCCAGAGUCACUUGGUUCAGUGGGUGGCUAUAGAAAUUGAAUAAAUAAAUAAAAAUUAGCCAUACUAAGUGAAGAAAUGGGCUGACUCAAGCAAUAGCAACUCCCUAUCUUCAUGUUGCACAGUUGCCAUGCUUUUUGUAUAUAUGGGUGUGUGCAUGUGCAAGUGUGUUCAUAUGAGAUAUUGGCUCAUAUGCUUGUGCAUUCAUUCCACAGCGCAACUAGAUUGUGUCACUGAUCUCUUCAUCUGUAACUCUCUUACACAUGUAUGGUAUAACCGCUACACAUAUACAUCCAAAACAAUAAAAAAAAAAUUAAUGUCAA